AGUAAUUAUUUUACUUGAAUAAUUAGGUAAUCUUAAACAACAUAGAGUUGGAAAUUAUAACGACACAAGUAAAUGUCAAUUCACUAGCGAUCAUUAAUUCUACGACCAAUUAUAAUUUUUAAAUUCCUGAAAAUUUUUAAAUUAAAUUUGACUGAACUUUCAUGAUAGAGAUGGCGAAAAAUGUGCUUAGUCUGAAAAUUGCAUCUUGAUCCAAAGGUUGGAUCGUUUUUAAAAAGAUCUUCUCUAAGCCAACGCAUCGAAGCUGCUCGGUCAUCUCGCUCCGCUUUUGUCGAUUGCAUCUCCAACAAAACCUAAGCAUUCCACUGCAAGAACUCCUGGACAAUUCUUCCAUUCCUUUAAUUCCUCACACAGAUCUCCACAAUAAGUUUCCACAUCGCUCAAUAUUAUUAUUUGUAAUCAGCACCAGCUCUUCGUACUGUUCUGUCAAUUUUGUUUUCUACAAAGUAAUUUUUGGUAGACAUUUUAACUCCUUAUUUCUUUGCAAACUGCAGCCGUCUUCUGUACUUCUAUACAUCUUACCUUUACUCUUAUUGUGUGUUUUUUGUGUCGGGCCUAACAUGCCCUUCUGUAUCCAUCAGUUGUGGUGAUCAUGGUGACAUCCACCUCAACCAUAGCCACCACAAUGGUGCAGGCUCUCACUAUACUCACCGCACUCCAGAUGUUCUCCGAUGGUGGAGUGGAGGCAACCUCAGAACCUUACGGCAUCAGCAGAGCUGUCGUGGAGGGAGCUGCUCUUGCAGGUGCUUCCUUUACCCCUCCUCCAGCAGCAGGAAGAGACCUAGACGUACGCCCUGUCCCAGCCUUGAGUCAAGUUACUCCUACUCUUGCUCCUGAUGGUCUGCCAAGUGGACUGGAAGCUCCAGGAUUCCACUCGGACGGAGGAACUGGACUUUCUUUCCCGGAUUCGGCUGACCCGACAAUGAAUGAAAUCUCCGGCAAGAAAAAGGAUGAUAUUCCUUUGGUUCCCGAGCGCACCGCAUGUGACGGCGGCCAGGGGGAAAUGCGCUAUGAGAAGCUGCCGGACGUACGACUCGCUCCCAACUCAUAUGACUCCGACGUGAUCCGCAAGAACGCAAUGCCAGCCGCCGUGUUGGCGUUGUGUGAGGACCGUUGCCUGAAGGACCGCACCGCCACUCAACAACUGACCCGACGCUGCGGAUCGCUGGAUUUUGUGCCCGGGCGUCGCUACAGCUCGUACUCCAACAGCGUCGAGUACACCGAGACCAAAUGCUUCCUUUCGCAGCCCCAAGACGACCGCAACUCUGCAGCCGCGCAAUCCCGUUCACAGUUCGAGAGGGCGAACAACUACGCGCAUCUAAGGGAAGUUUGCUUCUCAGCCCCAAGCUCAACGCAAGCAUCCAUCCUGCGUGAGGAAUGUCCGGACCGUCUGUACGUCAUGGAACGCCACCUCGCAAAACGUUUCCUGCCAAAGAACGUCAUCGAAGUGACGGCAUCUACGCUGGAAGAGUGUCAGAACAUACAUUACGACAUGGACUACUUUGAGAAUACCUGUCUCAGUGCUGAGCGACGUUGUCCAAAGGAUCGGCUCUUCUACCUAAAAGAAAUCAACGCAGAAAUGGGCGGCCCCUUUGAUCCCGUGACGAUAGUGAAUGUUACUCUACAACAAUGUAAAGAAGAGUGCAUAGAGAGCAAGUCUAUCUUCUGCCGCAGUAUGGAAUACGACCAACGCUCCAAACUGUGCAUCCUGUCCGACGAAGAUUCUGUUAGCCGACGAGAGGAGUUGCGAGCUUCCACUUCUGCCGACAACGUGUAUUUCGAGCUCAAGUGCUUCGAUGGAGACAAAAUUGGAGGAGAAUAUUUAAUGGAAGACGACGCGCCACUGACUUCCCCAAACACUGAACCCCUCAACGCUCGGGCCUUCAGGGACGUACGGACAGCAUUCCAGCUCUACCGCAACCGCCACCUGGAACUGCGCUCCGGUUUUCGCAACGACCGUCGUGACCGCACUCUGCUCACGCUGGCCGAGUGUCUGGACGAGUGCCUGGAAGAGCGUCGGUUUGCGUGCCGCUCUGUGAUGUACUCAGAGCGCUUCCAGGUGUGCAAGCUCUCGGAGUUUGACCAGUAUAACGGCGAGCUCAUCUACGACGGAGAAUACGACUAUUUUGAGAACUUGAUGGGAGCGGGACUGGCAGAUUCCCGGUCUCAGGGAGGAAGUAGCAACUCACUUGGUUUCAGUGGCAGCAGCUCGGACGGCUUCGAAGGUUCGGGGUUGUCAUCGUCUGAUCGGUUUUCUGGAGGAAGCUCAUCGUCUAGUGGAUUUAUAUCGAACUCCAGAGAGGGAAGCCGGAUAAACCUGCCGCCACUUUUUCAAGAUAGACCGGGACUUUUCAGACCAAUCAGCACUGAUAUUGGUGACGAUGGCAGCAAAGGAUCGACCAACAGAAACACAGGCUUAUUUGGCAUCACGAGAGGUGAUGGCACAGCAUCUACUACUGACCGUUUCACAGGCCACGGUGGGAGCUCUGACAGAUUUGGAUCAAGCGCUGAUAGAUUUGGGUCCAGUACUGACAGGUUUGGGUCAAGUGCUGAUAGAUUCGGUGCAGGUGCUGACAGAUUUGGAUCAAGUGCCGACAGAUUUGGAUCAAGUGCCGACAGAUUUGGAUCAAGUGCCGACAGAUUCGGAUCAAGUGCGGACAGACUAGGGUCAAGUGCUGACAGAUUUGGAUCGAGUACAGAUAAAUUUGGUUCAGGUGCCGAUAGUUUAGGAGGUAGUUCAGAUAGCUUCCGCUCUGGUGCUGACCGUUUUGACAGCAGCAGCAACACGUUGAGGGGGUCUGGAGACAGAAGUUCGACAAGUUUAAACAGAUUUGGAGCAACUGACCGCUUUUCGUUUUUGGGAGGUGGUUCUGCAUUUGGAACUGGUCGCUUCAGCGGCUUAGGCCUGGGAACCGACGCCGGCACCGGAAUCGGAGCUGGGGGCAAUCGUUUCGACGACGGUGGAAGAGGUACCUCAAGUUUUGCGACGGAUGUUGGAGGAAGUGGUUUGUCUACCAGCAGAUUGGGCACAAUGAAUGGUGAAGGAACAACUCGAGCCGCCGAUUUCAAAACUGGCUCUGUCGCAUCUCACAUCAACUUUGGUCCCUGGGGUUCCACAACUUCCAGCCCAGUCAUCAGAGACCUCUACCUACCAAGUGAAGUAACUUUCGGAAGUAACGCCAACCCUUUUGGAGUUGUCGGGUCUGGUUCGUUCGGAAGUUCAACGGGAAGUACAUCUGGGUUUAUUCCUGCGUCGGACUGUUAUUACUCAGGAAGCUUCAGCUUGAGGGAACGUGGGAAGCGGCUUCGUCAAGCCUAUGUGAAACGCUACCUCAGCGUCGGCAACCGUGAACACUGCUCAAGGGAAUGCCUCAACGAACAAAUGUUUCUUUGUCGCAGCUAUAAUUUCAGGUACGGCAGCCUCGGCGUCGCCGACAACUGCCAGCUCUCGGAGCGCGGCAGCGCUCCUCUUGAUCUUCGGAAUCCUGCGUACUUCCAAACGGACGUGGAAUUCGAUUAUUACGAAAUUGAUCGCAGCCGAAGCUUUGUAGGCGACGUUAGCGAUAACUGCCCUCAUGUGGCUCAGAGCUGCAACGAGGACGGCAGCAUGGAGUUCACGCUGCGUACGGACGAGCCGUUCAAAGGUCGUAUAUACGCUUAUGGCUACUACGACCGCUGCUUCAUCGUCGGACGUGGAAGCACUGUCAGUGUCCUGCAGCUGUCCUCACCCAGGGGCUUUCCCGACUGCGGCACCAUCAGGUACGGGGACACGCUUACCAACAUCGUCGUAGUGCAGUUCGCCGAGAACGUGCAGACGAUGAUGGACAAGCGCUACAACCUGACGUGUACCACCAUCGGCCCGAGCGACAGCGUGGUCACCUCCGCGUAUAUCGGGGCUGGGUACGGUACUGCAGUGGCAGGAGCAACCAGUAGUGCAGGGGCCCCAACUCCCAUCGAGUACCUGGAACUGGAGAACCGCCUGGACCAACGCGUCGCCCUCCGUGUCUUGUACGACGGCCGCCCUACCACCACCAUCGCCGUAGGAGAUCCUCUCACCUUCAGACUUGAGCCCCAGGCAGGCUUCAACCUCGUAUCUGACAUCUUCGCCACAAACGUCGUCGCCAAGGACCCUUACUCCGGUCGAGCAGUGCAACUCAUCGACAGCAGAGGGUGCCCGGUGGACAACUACAUCUUCCCUGCCCUGGGGCGCGCCCGCAGCGGCGAGGGACUCGAGACGAGGUUCAGCGCUUUUAAAAUUCCGGAAUCCAACUUUUUGGUCUUCGAGGCCAACGUGCGACCCUGCAAACUCACCUGCACGCCUGCCUUCUGCCGCGACACACACGGGCGCGGGGAGGUCGAGUCGUACGGCCGGCGCAGGAGGGAUCUGGCGGAGCGUCUGGGUCCUGUGAACGAGACGAGCUACACGAACAUGACGGCCGAGGAGCAACGGCUGCUCGAGCAGGAGAAACUGGAGGCUGAGGAGGGACCUGUGGAGCAUGUGCACGGCAUAUACGAGGUUUACCUGUCACGCGAGGACAUCCCAGCGGCGGCAGAGCUGCGCUACCUGCAGGACGUGUGCCUCAGCACGUCCGCCUACAAUGGCCUCGUGGCCACGACUGUGACCUCCGUGCUAUGCCUGAUCGGCGUCCUCGUAGCCACCGUCUUCCUUUAUCGACGCAGCGCACAUGGCGGAGUGGCUGCCAAGAACGCCAUGGCUGACGCUGGCAAUCCUCGCCACGUCUCACUGCGUCAUGAGGCUGCCAGAGGCUCAUUCCCCAGCCAUCCACGCACUGUGCCUCAGCCAGCCAGGUAUUUCCCAGACCCUAAGCCAGACGACCUUACCCUCACAUCAGAACCUGACGGAUUAAAUUCACACUACAUCGACCCAUCAGAGCCCAUCUACACAAACCCGGCCCUCUUCGAGAGAGCUGCGGCGGACGAUCGCUCAGGUCGGGGGCCGCGCGUAUGAGGAUGGUUAACGGUCUAAUUACUCUACUAACUUAACAACUUGAUCACGUCGAAAUAUAUAAGCGACUCGUGGCUGCAAGUACCUUCUUCUUCGUCCUGG